UCUUUUAGCAACACGUCCCACAUCACACGAAGAAGACGGAGGCGUUUUUUCUUCCGGUUUCUGUUACGUUGGUUUGUUUGCUUAAAAUCAACUAAUCCAAUAAACUGAGCGAUUGAUCGUUUUUUAAUGCUGCAUAUGACAUGGUUGUCGCAAUGAGCUCCACCUGUCCUGGGCUGUACUGCGGAAGGACCACCAUAAAUGACUCUGUUGAAGGAGAAUGUGGGGUUUGUCCUCGUGGCCAGAGAACAAACUUUGAAAAGAUAUGUGAGAAAUGCAGCGGAUCUCCUGAGCUGUAUGACUGGCUGUACCUGGGCUUCAUGGCGAUGCUGCCUCUGGUCCUACACUGGUUCUUCAUUGAGUGGUAUUCAGGGAAGAAAAGUUCUAGUGCCCUUUUCCAGCAUAUUACUGCCCUGUUUGAGUGCACGGCUGCUGCCAUAGUGACUCUGUUUCUCAACGAUCCUGUCGGCUCUCUGUAUAUUCGUUCCUGCGAGGUUAAGAUGCUUUCUGACUGGUACACCAUGUUGUAUAACCCCAGUCCAGACUACGUCACCACUCUGCACUGCACGCAGGAGGCCGUGUUCCCUCUGUGCACCAUCGUGUUGAUCUACUACGCCUUCUGUCUGGUUUUUAUGAUGCUUCUGCGGCCACUUCUGGUUAAAAAGAUUGCGUGCGGUUUAGGCAAGACCGAUCGUUUCAAGAGCAUCUACGCAGCGCUGUACUUCUUCCCGAUCCUCACUGUCCUGCAGGCAGUUGGAGGAGGACUUCUUUAUUAUGCAUUUCCAUAUAUUACUUUGGUCUUAUCGUUGGUCACGUUGGCAGUUUACAUGUCAGCUUCGGAGAUACAGUCUUUCAAAAACCUUGUGGCUAAGAAGAAACGCCUCGUGGUUCUCUUCAGCCAUUGGCUCCUUCAUGCAUACGGUAUCAUUUCCAUAUCCCGACUGGAUAAACUGGGGCAGGAUUUGCCGUUGUUGGCUCUGGUGCCUGGACCCGCUCUCUUCUACCUGUUGACGGCCAGGUUCACAGAGCCAAACAGAAUUCUGUCAGAGGGUGGAAAUGGACACUGAUGUCACUUCCUGUGUAGGAGAAUCACCUCCCUCAAACUCACAUGUUAAAGACUUUUAAUGUAAUGACACCUUUGGCAUGGACACCAAAGAGCCAUAAACAAAACAUUUAGUCAUUGCUCAUGAUAUAGUAUGAUGCCAUAAAGUUUUCUUUUACGUCUAUGAAUAUUAUUAUGUGUUUGCUUGUAUUGAACAGAGAUCAAAUUACAUACUUUGUAAAGAAUGUUCUUUUCCUUACUGUUUUUCUUUAAAUCCUGAAAGCGAAGUGGUAGUCGAUGUUUUUGUAAAUUUAUGGUAACUUAAGUAUAUAUUAUUAAUUUAGGUUUUGAUACUUUUUGUGAUUUGUAUCUGUUGUCAAGAAUAGAUACAAAUCAACAAUCUGUUGUAAUGUACAAUGUAUUUUUUUUUGUGUUAUAUAUGAAACAGCUGGUCUGUGAAUUUCCUGAGAGCCCUGCAGUAAUGUUAACCAUUUUCAUAUGACAUAAACCUUCUUAUAAACUAAACUGCCAAA